UGUGCCACAGUCCCAGCAGUCAUCUCCCUGCUUCCUUGCAGAGUAAUGUAGUGCUUUGCAGUCCCCUGGGGCACUUUAGUAAUGGAAAGAAUGGGCCUUCUCCAUCACUGGUGGGAAAAGAACAUGUCUGGCCGUUGCUUUUGCUCUUUAAAUAAUGCCCUGGGAGCCAAUGCCCCCCAUCCCCAUACACUCAGUGCAAUAAUAUUUGUUUACAGUAGGCCUUGGGUGUCAGGAGAGGUCACCUGCGGACUUGGGCUCUGCCCUCCUGACAGAUUUUGGUUUCUUUUUCUCCCCCUCUCUUUGCUGCUGGCACACCAGUGCUGAACCAGUUGGAGGAGCUUCUCAGCGACAUGAAGGCGGACGUGACCCGCCUGCCCGCCACGCUCUCCCGCAUCCCUCCGAUUGCCGCUCGCCUCCAGAUGUCCGAACGCAGCAUCCUUAGCCGCUUGGCAAGCAAAGGGAAUGAGACUCAGACUGCCCCGGCCUUCCCACCCGGACCAUAUGCCACUCCUCCCACCUUUGGAAGCUCUUUUGGUGCCACUCCUGGUGGGGCACUGCCCACCAUGGGCGCCAACUACAGCCAAAUGCCCACCGGAUCCUUCAUCACAGCCAAUGGCCCUCCUGUGAUUGUGAAGAAGGAGAAAGAAGGUGAGAGCCUGGAGAAGAAGGAUGCGAAGAGCGGGGAGGUGAUUUGCAUAGACGACUGAGAGGCCGCCUCGCCUGCCUGGUUGCUUCUGGACAGGUCCUGCCCCUGGCCGAAGGGACACCCUCCCCUCCAGCCUCUUCUCUUUUUUAUUUCCUGGUCACCUUGAUGGCUUUGCCUUGCUUGGGGGGAGCGUGGGUCAGUGACGCCCACCUCGUCUCCCCUUGGCUUCAUUUUGUUGCCGCUCCGUUCUCUCUUCUUGGAUUUGGGGAGGUGGUCUCAUCAACCGGAGCGAUGUUUGGGGGUCGGGAGACACCGGGGGUCCAUUCUGAGCUGGAAGAGGAGGAAUGGGGAUGGAAUUGGAACCAGAGGCCUCUUGGAGCUCCAUCUUCUGGGACAGGAGGGGAAGGGGGCAGCCUGGCCUUGUGCUCUUUGCCCCCAGCAGCGCUGGAUCUUUGGGAAGCGCUGCCAAGUGACUCUAUAAAUAUGAAUAUAUAUAUAAUGUAUACACACUCAUCCUGUAUGUUUGAGAAAUGCCCCCUUCCCACUUGUGCUUGAACUCUCUGUGGGGCGAUCCUGGGGUGGACAUAGGAGGGGGACACACUCCCUAGCCGUGUGCGAAGAAGAAGAAGAAGAAGAGCGCAGCGGGGUGAGGAGCAGAGCCCCCACCCCAUAAAGCCGCCUGGGGGAGUCAAAGGGGAGGGGGUGCCUCAUACCCUUCCGCCAUUCUUGGAAUUGGGCUUCUUUGAGGGUGAGGAAGAGGCCGUCGCAGGGCCAAGCUGCACCCCUGCGUUUGUUGCUGAAUCUCAAGUCACUUCUUGUUUAAGCCUUGCCGAAUAAAGGCCGUUUCCUUGGCUACAUA